GACUCAGAUGUGGAAUUUGCACGCACUGGCUAUGGGAAGAACGCAGUGAAAGUUCUCCAGAUUAAAAGAGAAGGAAAUGGACAUUUUAUUAAAGAAAUUGAGGCUUCUGUUCAGCUCACUCUCCAGUCAAAGAAGGAUUAUUUAUAUGGGGAUAAUUCUGACAUCAUCCCAACAGACACAGUGAAGAACACCAUCUACGCUCUAGCCAAAUUUAAAGGGAUAAAAACCAUUGAGGACUUCUCUCUGGAACUUUGUAAUCAUUUCCUGACGUCAUUCAACCAUGUUACAGAAGCAAGAACUUACAUCGAAGAAGCCCCCUGGAGACGCAUUGAAAAGGAUGGGGUGCAGCAUGUUCAUGCAUUUAUCUAUUCAUCGGAAGGUGUUCAUUUUUGUGAAGUGGAACAAAAGCGCGGAGGUCAGCCAGUGAUUCACUCUGGCAUCAAAGAACUUCGGGUCUUGAAGACAACGCAGUCUGGGUUUGAAGGUUUUUUAAGGGAUCAGUUCACAACACUCCAAGACGCGAGAGACCGCUGCUUCUCCACUGUGGUCAACUGCAAAUGGCGAUACAACACCAAUCAAGGGGUUAACUUUGAUUCUAAAUGGCAAACCAUGAAGGAAAUAAUCCUGGAUAAAUUUGCUGGACCGUAUGAUAAAGGGGAGUACUCUCCGUCCAUCCAGAAGACUCUUUAUGACAUCCAAAUGUUGGGUCUCGGCCGGAUUCCAGAGAUUGAAGAGAUUGAAGUUAUUUUACCAAACAAGCAUUAUUUUACUAUUGACCUCAGCAAAUUUGGCCUAAGCAACCAGGAUGAGGUCUUGCUGCCCUCAGACAAGCCCUAUGGAAAUAUCACUGGCAGUGUCCGAAGAAGAAUUCCAUCUAAGUUAUAA